AUGUUCCCGCAGACCCAUCACGUCGAAUGCGUGGCCACGUUGACGCUGAAACCGACCGCCGCGGAUGUCGUGUUGGCUUCCGCGUCACCGCGCCGACGCGAACUGCUGUCCGGUUUGGGCAUCAAAUUCCGGGUGGCGCCAUCCAAUAUCCCAGAGGAUCAGCUCCCGGACGAAUCUGCUACGGACAUGGUGCGCCGCCUGUCUCGCGAGAAAGCCCUCGCCUCCGCGGCUGCCGAAAACCCGGUCGCGGAAAACCCGGCUCCCGGUUACUACAUCGGAGCGGACAGUACCGUCGUGCUGAACGGCGAAUCCAUCGCCAAGCCGGCCGAUGCCGAGGAUGCCAGGGCCAUGCUGACCCGUUUGCGAGGCACGCAGCAUCAGGUAAUUACCGGAAUGACCAUCUUCGACGCCGCCACGGGCCGCUGCCUCACCGACUCCAUGUCGGCAGACGUGUUGAUGCGCGAGUUCACCGACGCCGAGAUGGAACACUCCAUCGCCAGCGGCACGCCAAUGGACAAGGCCGGCGCCUACGCCAUUCAGGAUGAUGACUUCCGGCCCGCCAACCUGCUGCACGGGUGCUAUUCAAACGUGAUGGGUUGGCCCGUGUGUCGCGUCGUGGAGAUGCUCGCCGACCUGGGUUACAACCUGCCGUCCGACACCGACGCUCCGUCCCCGACGGCUGCCUUAGCGAGUGCCCGUUUCGCGUACCGCAUGAACUUCCGCAUGACCCUCCGAAUCAGCCAUGAACGUAUUCGGCAUCGGCACGAUGGAAAUGGUGGUGAUCCUGCUGGUUGCGUUCAUCGCCCUGGGGCCGGGCAAAACUAUGGACGCCGCCCGUACGAUCGGCAAGGUGGUGCGGGAAGCCCGGCGCACGUUCACCGACGUGAUGGACGCUGCAUCCGUCACGGAUGA